AUGGCGGCGCUUCACCACAUGAAUCAUCACCAUCCGUUGCGAUUCGACGAAGACACCAGUCCAAGCCACUACAGUGGCUUCUGCCAUGGGUGCUCCAAACUGGUGCAGGGACCGAGCUACAGCUGCGGGGAGUGCCGGUUUUACCUCCACAAGAAAUGUGCCGAGGCGCCCUUGGAGAUUUGUCACCCUGCUCACCGCGACCACCCCCUUCUUCUCCUUCUUCCGGGUUCGGAGCAACGGAAAAGACGAGUCAAUUGCAGAAUUUAUCGGUUCGAGGUUAAGGGAUUCGUUUAUCAUUGUUCAUCUUGCGAAUUUUACCUCGAUGUUAAUUGCGCUUUGCUUCCACGAGACACUACCGGAAAAAUCAUCAAAACCCUCCAUGCUGCACAUGAACACCCUUUGUUUUCCAUUAAUUUAUUUGGAUAUUUCAACUGUGAGGGUUGUAGAGACACAAUAAAAGAACAUGAUGCUUCAUUCACUUGCUUUGAUUGUGGAAAGUUCUUCCAUAAAAAAUGCCUUGAACUACCCACUGCCAUUAGUCAUCCUUGCCACCGCAAACACCAACUUACGCUUUAUUCCGAUGUAUCCGCCUUAGAAUGCUUAAUGUGCCGAUGCUCUCACGGAGGAUUCUUUUAUCGAUGUGUGCCUUGCGAGGUUACCUUUCACGUCGGAUGUGCGUGGCCUCCGUCCAUUAUCGUAGACAAAUAUCAUCACGAUCAUCCAUUCACUUUGUUGUUAAGACCGAAUAACACAUUCGAAUGUAAUGCAUGCGGUAACCGGGGAAAUCAUGUCUCCUACAUCUGCUCUACUUGCAACAUUCAAGUUCACAAGGACUGCGUUUCGUUACCACGCUGCAUUAAACUCACUCUUCAUCCCCAUCCCAUUUCCCACUGCUUUUUCCUCUGCAUUGAUCACCAUGAUUCUAGAACUUGGGAUUGCAGAAUCUGUUAUGGAAAGGUGAACAUCGAGCAUGGGAGUUAUUAUUGCCCUCAACCAGGUUGCGAUUUUGUUAUUCAUGUCAAGUGUUCCAUCAAGAAGCAGAAGUUGUAUUGGGUGCUCGAGGUAGGCAGUCCAGACGAAUAUGACGAAUUUAUGGAUCCCACUUUGUUGUCCGAUGAAUCCAUGAGUUCCAUCGUUCGUGUUAUAAAGAAAAUCAAAGUCGGGGACGAUGAAAUAGCGGGAGAGAUAGAACAUGUUAGUCAUGAGCACAACUUGAUAUUCUCAGACGAGUUUAAGGGCAAUAAAUACUGUAACGGAUGCGUGUUGCCUAUCGCACAUUUUCUCUUCCACGACGACGAAUACGAAGGAAAGUGCAGUUGUUGUGAUAAAGAUGCAAGUUCUGUAAUUGCAUACAGAUGCAAGGACUGCACGUUUGCUUUGCAUUGGAGAUGUGCUACAUUACCACAAACUGCUUGGCACAAGUGUGACAAACAUUCUUUGACACUUGCUUAUCGAGAUCGUGACGAUUAUCCUCUUCGACGUUAUUGUGACAUCUGUGAAGAAGAAAGAGAUCCGCGACAAUGGUUUUAUUGUUGUGAAACCUGUGACAAUACCAUGCAUAUCGAAUGCGUUCUCGGGAAGUACUCGUUUAUCAGGGCCGGAAGUAGAUAUGCAUACGAAGGUCAUCCACAUACUCUCACUUUUGUCAAGAAGAUCUACUAUUACGCGGAAUGCAAUGACUGUGGUGAGCCAUGCCAAGAUCUAGCCCUUGAGUGUGAAGAGCAUGGAUGCAAAUAUAUUGUUCAUUGGGAUUGCAUAGCACCUCAGUAUCUUUCCAGUCACAUUAUUUAUGAUUCUAAUCAGUAA